AUGGUGGUAAAGAGUAAGAAAGUAGAGCAUAACAUAUCCGACCAUGAGGAAGUGUUCACCCUACAAAAAUAUCGGAUGAAGCUCAACCUAGAAAAGUGUGUAUUCGGUGUGGCUUCGAAAAAAAUUUUGGGCUUCAUGAUCACUCAUCGGAGGAUCGAACAAACCCUGAUAAGAUCCAGGCCCUGGCAGCAAUGGAAUCACCUAGGACUAAGAAAGAGGUUUAAAAGCUUUUCAGGAGCUAAACAGACAUUGGAUUCUCCUCCUACCCUCACUAAACCAGAGUCCGGGGACACUUUAUUUUUGUACUUAACUGUGUCUCAGAACGCAGUGAGCAACUUCUUGGUAAAAGAGGUCAACAGAGCCCAAGACAAGGUACACUUUGGCCGAACAGCUUGUCCUUGCCCUAAUAGUGGCAGCACGAAAGUUUCAGCAAUAUUUUCAGUCUCAUCCCAUUGUGAUGCCACUAAUCAGCCUCAGAAACACAUCCUUCAAAGGCCAGACAUCUCAGGUAGGUUACUAAAGUGGGCAACUGAAGUUGGAGAGUUUGACAUAGAGUUCAAACCCCGUCCAUCCAUCAAAGCCCAAGCCUUGGCGGAUUUCAUUGCAGAACUCACCCCAAGGCCUGGGGGGCCAGAUGACAUUCAGUGUGUACUAAGGUUCGAAUUCAAGGCAACCAAUAAUGAAGCAGAGUAUGAAGCUGUCAUCAUAGCCAUAGAACUUUCCAUUAAUCUCAAACUAGAAAGCAUCAAAAUCUUUAGUGAUUCCAAGUUGGUGGUUGGCCAGAUUGACGGUACAUUCGAGAAGAAAGACGAGAAAAUGAGCUUAUACUGUUUAAAAGUUUUUGAUUUCCGAUGGAAAUUGAAGAGCUGUGAAAUUUUGAAGAUGGCCCGAGCUGACAAGUGCAAGGUAGAUGCCUUAUCAAGGCUGGUGUUCAUAGGAGUAGAUGGACUUGACAAGACAGUACAUGUUAGAGUUGUGGCUGAGCCCAGCAUCAAUCCAACCAUCGGGGUAAUGGACUUUGAUCAUGAGCCGUCAUGGAUGGAACCAAUUGUUGAUUUCAUAACAAAUGAUGGACCUAAUUGUGGAUUUCAUAACAAAUGA